AUGGCGGAAUUCUGGCUCGGGAGCUUGCCUCAGGGCCCAGGGCCGUUGGCCACGCCAGGGCAAGGCUUUCAUGUGGGCCAGCUGGGUCCCUGCAGCCAGUAUGGUCAAACUGAUCUCUCGGCAUCAUCCCAGGUGAUGGGGCAGCGGAUGCACGUUCCUUACCCACAAGACUUGCAGCCGCAGCAUGUUCAGCAGGUCGCGCAGCAGCAGCAGCAGCAGCUCAUGCAGCUUCAACAUCUGGAGCAGAUGGCUAACCGAGUUUCGGGUCUCUUCCGGCCCGAGCAACAGUCGCAUCGGCCCCAUGCGGCCUUCGCGCUUCCCGUGGAAGCGUGCUGGAAUCCGCCAAGCUCGGCGACUGUCGUCGACGUCCUGACGCUUGGGACUGUGCGGGCAGUCUUCCCCAUGACUGUGGCUGAGACCCUGUCCGCUAAUGCAGCCGCGCGUGCAUUCCAACGAUUUGGCGAAGUUGUUGGCCUAGAUAUGCAACGUUGCAGAAGCAAGGGCGAAGUCAUCGUCACCUUCUCCGAGCCCAAAGCAGCACAGAAGCUCCUCUUGGCAUUGACCCCGGAGAAAGUGCUUGACUGCACCGACUCCGCCAACGAGUUCAUGCCCACAGUGGAGCGUGCAGGGGAGAUCCUCGAAUCUCUCUCCAGUACCAACGAGCAGUCGCAGUCGACGACAACAAGUCCAUCGGCCAAGGACAGACCAAGUCCUUUCCCAGGAGAGGUCCCAGACUAUGCGACACUCCUGGCGCCAACGCCGGGACGACUACCUACUCCUUUCCGGGGUGAUCAGGCCAAGGAGGUCCGGGAGAGCGCCCAUCAGUUCAUCCCUGAGAGAAUAGCUCAGGGAUUGGAUUUCAGGACCUCCAUCAUCCUCGGCGGACUGCCUAAGACUUGCAGCGCUGAGAGAUUCCUGCACUCCAUGAAAAGCUGUCACCUGAUCACGAAGCUGAGGUUCUUCUAUCUGCCGGUCGAGAAGACACGUGGACGAGCAGUUGGGUACAUCUUCAUGGAUUUCCAGCAUGCGUCAGAUGUGUUGGACUUCUGGACUCGACUCCGGGAGCUCUGCGACGGAAUAGGUGGGCCAAAGGCACUGCAAAACCUCUACGUCAGCUAUUCGCUCAUUCAAGGCAGAGACCAACUGCUGGAGCACUUCGGUGGCUCAGACAUCAUGUUCGAGCCGGAUGCCAACAAGACUAAGUCUGCCAGGGCUGCAUGGGUCUACGGCAAGGUCUUGGCACUGCAGUUGAAGUCCGUUUUUCCGAUCCUGGACACAGACCUCCCCAACCAACCGGGUUAUCGGCCCAAACCGGUCUCAAUUCUUUUUCCGAGCAGGUUUGUUUCUUCAAGGGGCGAGCGUACAGUUGCAUGUGAUUGGUGGCAUCUUUAUGGCAAGACCCAUCACGGUGAGGAUUGGCGUGACGGUGAGCAGGCUGAUCGUAGCUGGCAGGACAUCAUCGCGGCAACCAAACAGCAAAGUCCUGAAAACGCUAGGCUGAAUGCUGCCGUGCCUGUUCCGGACUGCUUGCUCCUUCCAAGAGAGAAGCUUCCAGCUCAUUCCGUCUCUGAGUGUGGCUCCAGCGGCAUCCUUGUUCUCCGUAGGAAGAGGAUGGCUUGGGGCUUGAAGCUCAAUGAAGUGUUCAAUGAAGUGCAGUCCGAUCUGCAGGAGGGCCUUGCUUUGCAGGCUAGUCUUGAGAAGUAUGCAGCCACGUUACCAGAGGGUGCUACAAAAGAGCUCCUGCGAAGCUUCAAAAUCUGCGGAUCUUGCGCAAACUUCCGCCGCUUUGGCGAGCCACACGAUGGUGGCUAUCUCAUGUGCAUGGACCACAUGGAUGGCGUGACGGCUGCGUACUCCGUGGGCGUAGAACAGCAUGACAAAUGGUCAGGUGAUGUAACUGGAACAUGGAAGGUGCCCCUCUAUCAGAUGGAUUGCACCGUGAGCCAGCCAGCUGAGAUGUGCCCAGGCUGCAAGUUCUUCCGCAGUUGCCUGACGGGUUCGACACCAGGUGGCCCACAGCCAGCUUGGACCUUGUCCGAGGCAUUGCAACAAACAGGGCAGGGAGCAGCAGCCGAGAGAAGUCUCUUUGGCAAGAUCGACAUUGAGGGCUCUGAAUGGGCUGCAUUGGCAGAUGCCGAUGUCACUACCCUCAAGAAGUUCAGACAGUUGGCUGUGGAAUUUCACUGGCUGCAAGAAGUUCACAAGCACCCCGACUACUUGAGAGCGAUGCAAAAGCUGCAGCUUGCAGGUUUCCGGGUUGUGCAUCUGCACGGCAAUAACUUCGCAUCAAUGUUCGACACGACGGACUACAAGAUUCCUCAGGUGGUGGAGGUGACUUUCGAUUCAGUGGCAACCCCGAUGGCAACUUGCCUCCAGGAUCAGCAGUUGCGGCCUCUUGACAUGCCCAACAACGCCAACAAUGCCGAGCUUCCGCCAGCCCACCUCCCAAGCCUUUGA